AUGAGCUCCUCGGGCCUCGAGCGUCCGCGCUUCGUGUACCCAGGGGCGGGCUCGACGCUGCAGUUCCCGCUCACCGACUCGUCCGUGUCCUCCUCGAGCGACCCGUUCGCCCAAGGGGUCCGUCUGCAGGACGCGUACUUUGUCGCGCCGGCGUCGCACAUUGGGCGCAUCGUCACGGGCGUUGUGUUCCUCGCUGAGCAGAGCCGCCGCGUCGCUGGAUCCAGCGGAGACGCUACCGACCGCUUUGGUCUGCCGGUCAUUUCCUUUGCCGACAAGUUGGCCGAACAGGGCUACAAAGUGCUGGUGCUGGAUCUCUUUGCGCCCGACGGGAAGGCCGUGUUGACAGCGAGCGCGACGCUCGAGCACGUGGCGCGCGUGCAACAAGCGUCGCUGUACCUCAAGAAGACGCAUGACAUUCAGCGCGUGGGCGUGUGUGGCCUCGGGGCCGGUGCUGAUCUGGCCAUCAAACUAGCGAUCGAGCGAUCGGUGCCGGUCGAUUGCGUCGUGGCAAUGUGUCCCAGAGGUCUCGUGCCCUUGGCGUGUACUGACAUUGGAGAGAACGCACCGACAGCGGAGUCCGCUGGUAUUCCACUGUUGCUGCAAGUGGGGGGAAAGUCGCCCUAUGCUGCAUCGGAAGCUUACCGGACACUGCUGAGUUUAUGUGCAGCGCGUUCACAGGCCGCCACAACAGCGCUCAAGGUGUCGCUGUUUGUAAACCAGCAAAGCGGCUUUGCGUUCUCCAACAUCAAGGACGAAGACGCGGCUACACAGGCAAUUGCAGAGAUGCUGGACUGGCUCGUGCAGCACCUGCAUCGCUUCAAGGUGGCUGCAGCUACUAGUGAUACUGACCCGUGGUGGCCGCAAGGCCGCAACGGACCUUUUUGCAACGUGGGUUUACGCACAUGGCAAGACUCGCGCGUAGCCUGGCUCACACCAACACAAACACGUCCACCGCGCCCGCCGCCAGUCCCUGCUCAUUUGCUAUUCGACGGGUUAUCGUCAGUGCGCCGGACUUUUGAACUACCGCAGCGUAUGCGCCUUGGUGAUGUGAUUGAACUCUUUGCUGAGAUUUGGGACGUGCAACAAUAG